UGUGAUAAUAGAUAUGAUUAAUAGCAAAUAAUUGUUAUCAUUAUCACCGGGUAUCGAGAUAUCGCCUGGAAGAGUAUUUUUUAUUCGAAAUCCGUCAGGAGUAGCGCGAGUGCUGAAGCAGGUAUAGGGCGGCAGUGAAAAUGGAUAUGAAGUACAUAAUUUCUUUUCUUGUGGCUAUCGCUUUUGCGUCAGUUGUACAGGGUCAAUAUAAGGCUGCUGUAGUUGAAUAUUCACCAAUAAUUGAAUCAUCACCAAAUGCCACUGUAGAAAGAAAUCUGGAGGAAUACAUACAUUAUAUUGAAACAGCCAAGGCUAACGCAGUUCAGAUAAUAGUCUUUCCAGAAUACGGAUUGACAGGUUUAAUAGAAGAUCCUACUGAAUACGCCAUCGAAAUACCAAGUAUAAAUAAUGGAACAGUCUUCCAGAAUUAUUGGCUACAAAAGUUGUCGAAUGCAGCUAAUGAGCACAGCUUGUAUAUUGUAAUAAAUUUGUUGGAGAAAGCUAGGAACGAAAACAACGACACAAUUUACUACAACACAAAUAUCGUCUUUGAUGUAAUCGGCCAAAUAGUUGCAAAAUACAGAAAAAUCAACCUUUUCUUCGAACCAAAAAUUACUCCUGGUAACGAAACGGUGACCUUUACUACAGAUUUUGGAAUUACAUUUGGAAUAUUCACCUGCUUUGAUAUUAUGUACUAUAAUCCUUCCAAGGCCAUUUUAAACAGCUCUGUAACUGACAUCAUUUUCCCAACUGCUUGGACAUCUGUGUUGCCAUUUUAUCAUUCUCUCAGCAUUCAGUCAGGAUACUCCCAGGCAAAUCAAGUAAACCUUCUGGCGGCUGAUUUUAACAGUCCUUCACAAGGCCUUGGCGGUAGUGGCAUAUACCGCCAUGACGGUAUCAUAGACACUUAUUACAUUUCUGGAAUUAGUAGCAGUAAGCUAGAGAUUGCAGAUCUUUAUCCUAGAGGAACUCCUAGAGACGCUGGCAGCGUAUUUAGCACCUUUGGUUUUGAUAUCCUAAAUGCCAGUAAAUCAGAAUUGAAGAAUUUUAUUAGUGUGAGAGAUUUCCAGGCUUCUAACUACGCCUUCAAACAGUUGGAACUGUCGGCGACUACAGAAAGUCAGGACACUUUGUGCUUUGGAUCGUUCUGCUGUAACUUCACGAUUUCUGCCUCAGCAGUUACAGCAAGCGAAGUAUACCAGUUGCUUGUGUAUAACGGACCCACCAAACUGGGCGAUUCAAUGGGCAACAUCAGACUCUGCACACUAGUAUCCUGUGAGAGCUCCGAUCUAAACACUUGUGGAAGUCGAAAUGUUACUCUCACCACUAGAUUUUCUAAAAUAUCCAUAACCGGAAAUUUCGAAACGGAAGCCGAUCAUUUCUACCAACCCGUCACUUUAACAACGGGCCUUUUGCCGGUGUUCAACACAACCUACACCUCAGAAGUAACGAACCAAACAAUUGCUAUCAGUUUCAGUUCUACAACAACUGUAGACAAUUUGGUGGUGUUUGGUGUGUUGGGCAGAGGAGGAGCGUCAACUUUUGGAAGUAGCGUUGUGUUCUUAGUUGUAAUUAGUUUGUUAAAGUAUAUGUUCUAAGAAAAAAAAAAAUAAAAUUGAGGAUCAGAUUUAUAGAUCAUCUCGCUUUCCAGGUAAUUGUUGCUGGAUUUAACAAUCCUAAGAGCGCUAAAGGCAUACAUUUUUUUAUAAAGACUGGUAACCUAUAAAUAUUCAUUAUGUACUUAUAAAUUGACAGAAAAACAGGUAUUAAACGUAAAACAAUGUAUAUGACAAAUUUUUUA